GCCACAGUGGAGUCACCUUGAAAAAGAGCUCGCCCUCUCCGUCCAGUUUCAUCUGUUUUUUUGGUUCUUUUCCUCAGGAAGCAGGUUGAAGUCGGGGGCGAGGGAGGGAGGGAAACAACAGGGCCCGUCUGUUCUCAAGGUUUCCGGCUUUGAUGACCCUCCAGCAGAACUGAGAGCGGUGUGAGCAAGCGCCUCCCCCGAACGACCCCCACAGCCGGCAGCCAUGCCGCCCCCGGCAGAUAUCGUCAAGGUGGCCAUCGAGUGGCCGGGAGCCUUCCCCAAGCUCAUGGAGAUAGACCAGAAAAAGCCUCUCUCAGCCAUCAUAAAAGAAGUGUGCGAAGGGUGGUCCUUGGGGAACCAUGAAAACUUUGCUCUGCAGAUCGCCGACGCCACAAAUUUAUACAUCACGGAAAAGAAUCGAAAUGACAUUAAAAAUGGUUCAAUUCUUCGCUUGACUGCCUCUCCUUCCCAGACAGCAGCCCAGCUCCACGAGCGCAUCCAGUCAUCCAGUAUGGACGCCAAGCUGGAGGCUCUGAAGGACCUGGCCAACUCCUCCAGGGACAUCACCUUCGCCCAGGAGUUCAUCAACCUGGACGGCAUCUCCCUGCUCACGCAGAUGGUGGAGAGUGGAACUGAGCGCUAUCAGAAACUACAGAAGAUUAUGAAGCCCUGCUUCGGUGACCUGCUGUCCUUCACUCUGACGGCCUUUGUGGAGCUGAUGGAUCAUGGCAUCGUCUCCUGGGACACUUUCUCUGUGGCCUUCAUCAAGAAGAUUGCCAGUUACGUGAACAAGUCGGCCAUGGAUGCGGCGGUGCUGCAGAGGUCCCUGGCCAUCCUGGAGUCCAUGGUGCUCAACAGUCAAGACCUCUACCAGAAGGUGGCACAAGAGAUCACGAUUGGGCAGCUCAUCCCGCACCUCCAGGGGACUGACCAAGAUAUUCAGACCUAUACUAUUGCAGUCAUCAAUGCUCUCUUCCUCAAAGCCCCUGAAGAGAAGAGACAGGAGAUGGCCCAUAUUCUUGCACAGAAACAGCUGCGCUCCAUCAUCCUCACUAAUGUGAUCCGGAGCACCACGCCCAUCAAUGAUGAGAUGGCCCAUCAGCUGUACGUGCUGCAGGUCCUCACCUUUAACCUGCUGGAGGACCGCAUGAUGACCAAGAUGGACCCCCAGGAUCAGGCUCAGAGGGACAUCAUCUUUGAGCUGCGGAGGAUUGCCUUCGACAUCGAGUGUGAUUCCAACAACAGUGGCAGCAUCGAGAAGCGCAAGUCCAUGUAUACCCGUGACUACAAGAAACUUGGCUUCAUUAACCAUGUGAAUCCUGCCGUGGACUUCACCCAGAUUCCUCCAGGCAUGCUAGCUCUGGAUAACAUGCUGUACUUUGCCAGGCACCACCAGGACGCCUACAUCAGGAUCGUGCUGGAGAACAGCAGUCGGGAGGACAAACACGAGUGUCCGUUUGGCCGCAGCAGCAUCGAGCUGACCAAGAUGCUCUGCGAGAUCCUCAAAGUGGGCGAGCUGCCCAGCGAGAACUGCCACGACUUCCACCCCAUGUUCUUCACCCACGACCGCUCCUUUGAGGAGUUCUUCUGCAUCUGCAUCCAGCUCCUCAACAAGACCUGGAAGGAAAUGAGGGCUACAAGUGAAGACUUCAAUAAGGUAAUGCAGGUGGUGAGGGAGCAGAUCAUGCGAGCGCUGACUCUCAAGCCUAAUUCCCUGGACCAGUUUAAAAGUCGCCUGCAGAACCUGAGCUACACUGAGAUCCUGAAGAUACGCCAGUCCGAAAGGAUGAACCAGGAAGACUUCCAGUCCCGCCCCAUCCUGGAGCUGAGGGAGAAGAUUCAGCCGGAGAUCAUGGAGUUGAUCAAACAGCAGAGGCUCAACAGGCUGUGUGAGGGCACCUGCUUCAGGAAGAUAAGCAGCCGCAGGAGGCAAGAUAAGUUCUGGUAUUGUCGUUUGUCUCCGAACCAUAAAGUCCUGCACUAUGGAGAUCUGGAGGAGAGCCCUCAGGGCGAGGUGCCACAUGACUCCCUGCAAGACAAACUGCCUGUGGCUGAUAUCAAAGCUGUCGUCACCGGCAAAGACUGUCCUCACAUGAAAGAGAAGGGAGCCCUGAAGCAGAACAAGGAGGUGUUAGAGCUGGCCUUCUCUGUCCUCUACGAGUCUGACGAGUAUUUAAACUUUAUCGCUCCUGACAAGCAUGAGUACUGUGUGUGGACAGAUGGUCUGAACGCCCUCCUGGGUAAGGAGAUGACCAGCGACUACACCAAAUCCGACAUGGACACCCUGCUUUCCAUGGAGAUGAAGCUCCGCCUCUUGGACCUGGAGAACAUCCAGAUUCCCGAGGCUCCGCCCCCAAUUCCCAAAGAGCCUAGCAACUAUGACUUUGUUUAUGACUGCAACUAAGCAACCACCCGCCAAGUCCGAACCCCGAACUGUCCACCACCUACCUACUGUACUCACUGGACCAAUGCCCUUUCUUAAAAACUGGAACAAAAAAUAAAUAAAUAAAUGAAUGAAUAGAAAUCAUGAUGUAAGAUGAACUGUGACAGAGAGGGAAGAAUCUAUCGAGCUACCUUCCUCCCGCUUCGCGUUCAGCCUCCUUUUGAGGAGGGAGAGAUGAUUAACUUCAGUAGGUUCGCUGCACUUGAGGGAAUCCUGUUCAAUGCCGCUGCACUCGCCGAGGUGCCGUGGAGAAAAGAUAAGCGGGAAGUUAUCCGUUUAGUCGAGUCGGCAGUCGUCCUCCAUCUUCUCAUUCACCAUCUCUCCGUUAUCCGGCGUCGGACGACUUGAAGCUUGCUUGCUUCUCGGCCCCGGGGGGACCCGCAGCAGUGUUCGCGGUCUUUGAGGUUGCGGGGAGGAAAAAUGCUUUGAAACUUCUGUUUCAGUUCAGCUUUCUGGUUGUCUUCUUUUCUUUUUGAAUGUUUGUUUCAUUGCUUUUCCUCAGGCUGUUGUGAUAGGGACCGA